CAGUACAUAUCUGCAGCAGACAGACAAACACUGAUUUUGAUCUAACUCUUGUUGAGCCGAGGCCCUGAUCACAGCAUGACAACCUACACUGAUAAAGGGGAGAAGCCUGAAAGGGGAAAAUUUGUCAAGUUUCAUCAUAUCUCCUUCUGGGUCGGAAAUGCCAAACAGGCAGCGUCCUUCUACUGUGACAAAAUGGGUUUCGAGCCUUUGGCCUACAAGGGCUUGGAGACUGGCAGUCGAGAGGUGGUGUCACAUGUCAUCAGGCAAGAUAAGAUUAUAUUUGUGUUGGAAUCUCCACUCAAUCCCGGGAAUAAAGAGAUGGGCGAGCACUUGAUGAAGCACGGAGAUGGAGCCAAAGACAUUGCAUUCCAAGUGGAAGACUGCGACUAUAUAAUCAAGGUCGCCAAGGAGAGAGGAGCUGUGGUUGUGAAGGAGCCAUGGGUGGAGCAGGACAGCAGUGGGAAGGUCAAAUAUGCUGUGGUUCAGACGUAUGGCGAUACAACACACACAUUCAUUGAGUACCUGGGGCCCUACAAAGGUCUUUUUUUGCCUGGCUACAAACAACCACUGUUCAAAGAUCCCUUCUUAGCCAAACUCCCGCCAGCAGGUUUGAGAUUCAUUGAUCACAUUGUAGGUAACCAGCCAGAUGACCAAAUGGUGUCAAUUACAGACUGGUAUCAGAGGUGUUUGAUGUUCCAUCGGUUCUGGUCCAUAGAUGACAAGCAGAUCCACACAAAGUACAGUGCACUCAGGUCCAUUGUGGUCACCAAUUAUGAAGAAACAAUUAAGAUGCCAAUCAAUGAACCUGCUGUGGGAAACAAAAAGUCACAAAUACAGGAAUAUGUCGACUACAACGGAGGCCCAGGCGUUCAGCACAUCGCCCUCAACACAUCAAACAUCAUUCAAGCUAUUGUCAACCUGCGCGCCCGAGGGAUGGAGUUCCUCUGCGCACCUGAUGCCUACUAUGACAACCUGCGGCAGAAACUGAAAAGCGCCAAGAUAAAGGUGAAGGAGGACCUCGACCGUUUACAGGAAUUAAAAAUCCUGGUUGACUUUGACGACAAGGGGUAUCUCCUCCAAAUCUUCACCAAACCUGUGCAAGACCGACCCACACUCUUCUUGGAGGUCAUCCAGAGGAACAACCACUUUGGCUUUGGGGCAGGAAACUUCAAGUCUCUCUUUGAGGCCAUCGAGAAGGACCAGGACGCCAGAGGCAACCUCACAGUGCUGACAGCAGAAGGUCAGGCUGAGGCCUUCUACUGAUCCUCUGGAUCAACAUCUAGAAAACAACAAUUCUUGAAGCAUGUAUAUUAGAAAGCAGCAUUGAGGUGUGUCACAACUUUGCAGAGUGGAUGGGACGAUGAAUAAAUGAAUGUCACACACACGCACACAA